CUGCUGCUGCUCCUGCUCCUGCUUGCCGAGCUCACACAUAGAUACACAGGUCGUGAAGUCCACACACACGAGGCGCUUCAAUCAUCAGUGAUCGUCAGAUACCUUUCGUAUUGCAGUGGGUGGGCACGAGGUUUUGCACUGGAAGGAAAGGGAAAGCAAGAGACAGCGGGCACACCCGAACGCCAACCUACGGAGUGGUCCUAGUAGGGAGGAACGAAGAAUGACUGCUGGAGAUGCCGAAGCCAUUGAGCAUGCUCUUCUGGACGCACUAAGUGCUGGAGAGAAUGCAGAGAUAGCAGACACGUGGGGGUUCGCGGAGGCUAUGGGGUGUCCCCACACAGAAACGGUCGGGGUUUUGAUUUCGCUGGAGGCCGAGGAGAUGCUCAAGUCGAAGAAGCUGGAGACCACGUACUUCGUCGUCAGCGCGGAGGGGCAACGGGUGAUCGAAGAAGGCUCGCCUGAGAUGAGGGUGCUGGAGUGCGUUCCCGUGGGUAGCGACGGCAUCAGCAAGGCUGGCCUGGAGGCGGCCUUGGGGGCCGACGUUGUCAAGAUCGGGCUAGGACAGUGCAUGAAGAACAAGUGGGUGGCCAAAGGGGAAGGGGGCGUGCUCGUUCGCGGAGCCAACGGCGGCGAUGGAGCGGUGGAGGAUGCCGCCAAGGAGUUGCUCAAGAAGGUUGAAGGCGGGGAGACCCUGGGGGACCAGCAGGCGAAGGACCUGAAGCGGAGAAAACUCGUGACGCAGGUUACGCGUAAGUCGUUCAAGGUGACAAGAGGGGGCUCGUACGCGGUGCGAAGGGUCAAGCGCCAGGCCGAGCUGACGAAGGAGAUGCUGGCGAGCGGCAGCUGGAAGGACGCCGCCUUCAAGGAGUACAAUUUCAAGACCCUGGGCGCGCCGUGCGGCGGCGGCAACCUGCACCCUCUCCUCAAGGUGCGAACCGAGUUCCGCAAGAUCCUGAUGUUCAUGGGUUUCGAGGAGAUGCCGACCAACCGCUGGGUGGAGAGCAGCUUCUGGAACUUCGAUAGCCUCUUCCAGCCCCAGUCCCACCCUGCACGGGACGCCCACGACACGUUCUUCAUCAAGGACCCGGCCUCAGCGCUGUCGUUCCCCGAGAACUACCUGGAGGUGGUGAAGGACACGCAUGAGACCGGGGGCAGCACCGGGUCGGUGGGCUACGGGUGCGAGUGGAAGCGAGAAGAAGCUUCAAAGAACCUUCUGCGCACGCACACCACGGCCGUCUCCAGCCAGAUGCUGCACCGUAUCGCGAACCAGGAGGGCGGCUUCACUCCGAAGCGGUACUUCUCGAUCGACAGGGUCUUCCGGAACGAGACCAUGGACGCGACACAUCUGUGCGAGUUCCACCAGGUGGAGGGCAUGAUCGCCGACCGCAACCUCUGCCUCGGAGACCUCAUCGGCGUCAUCAAGACCUUCUUCCACAAGAUCGGCAUCACACAGAUCCGUUUCAAGCCCGCGUACAAUCCGUACACGGAGCCGUCGAUGGAAAUCUUCGGGUAUCACCCGGACCUCAAGAAGUGGACGGAGAUCGGCAACAGUGGCAUGUUCCGCCCGGAGAUGCUCCUUCCCAUGGGCCUUCCCAAGGAUGUGCGAGUGAUCGCCUGGGGUCUGAGCCUGGAGCGGCCGACGAUGAUCAAGUAUGGCAUCACCAACAUCCGAGAGCUGUUCGGGCACAAAGCAGACCUCAACCGCACCAAGACCGCGCCCGUGUGCCGUUUCGACUGAGCAUGACCGUUUCACGGCUUGAAAGGACGUUUUUGGUGCAUUCCGAAAGAGGUCGAGGGUGUACUUGGUUGGGUGGAACGGACCUCUGUGCAUGUCAAGAGCUGUCCCGCGUGUUGUACGUGGGAGAGUCAGGGUCGAGCGGCCUUCCAGGGUCACGCGGUACACACGACCCGCUGUAAAACUCAACCGUGGCGCGUGCCGUUCGGGCGCCAUAUCGCGGUUUAAUCUUGGUGGCGAAUGCUCGCUUACAGCGUUGUGGCCCUCAGUUUCAGCGUUGUAGCCCUCAGUUUCUGAACGAACGCCGAUCUCAGCGGUGGGAGGCGGUAUGUACGGACGGUGUUGGGUCUCGCUCUCUCCCUUGCGUCCGAGCGUUGCACCCGCUCGAGGCAGCUUUGGCCGUGCACGUCAAGAAGAAAUGGACGGGGAGCCCGGCGGCUAGAGUUGAGCGUAGCAGACAGGUUCGCCGGAGAAGUAAGGGACACUUACCGGUUAGUUGGAAAUUCAAGCACACGCUGGAGAGAGGAGAGUCGAGUGCCCCUAGGGCGUGUUGUUUGUUCAUGUUAGCGUGUCUCCGAAUUUUUACAACGUACGCCAAGUUUUGGGGGUAAGACCGAUGUUCU